AUGGUAAGAAAUAUCCCAACAAGCAAAACUCCUACAAACAACCCACUACUAUCACGAUCAUUCAUCUUUGCUUUUAUCCUAUCAACUAUCACAAUUAUAUCACUUCUUUGUGCCAAAAAGAAAAAAAAACGAGCUCCGCCAUUAAAUAAUCCGGCAAGAAAAAUCAGCGAGAAUACUAAAUUACUUGUCUCGACAACAAACAAACGCACAAGCGAGGUGGCACACGUCAAAACUGAAGAUAAAACCGGCAAUCCUCCGCCACUGGAACCACCAACACCUCAACAAAAAGAACUUCCACCGCCACCACGACUGGCCAGCAUACGGGCGUCAUCUUACCAUGUGGGGCCGAGCUCAAAUACAUCUCAUGGUGCUAAAUUGACAUCGAGUAUGAGCAUGAGACUAUCAGGGAGAUUAAAAGGGCUCAAGAAAGGUUCAAAGAAAGAAAAUGAUAACGGUAAAGAUAAAGAAUAUGAUACGGAUAAAUUGCAACGUGAGGAUUCGGUUUGGAAAAAGAGGAUAAUUCUUGGAGAAAAAUGUCGGGUACCUGAUGAGGAUGAAGAUGAUAUUAUUUAUGACGAACAUGGGAUGAGGAUCACUACGUUUCAUGGGAAACAAUCGGGCUUGUCGAUUUCUCGACAGAGUUCAGAUGCCAGUCAAAAUGUCAUACAUAUUCAAAACCAGAAUCGGUAG